AUGGAUAUACAUGAUUUAGAAGCGGGAAGAGGAAGAUCUUUAGCUUCUUCAAGGAACAUCAAUGGAGGUAAACAAGACACAACACAAGCAGUAGCUUCUGGUAUAUUUCAGAUCAACACAAUCGUCUCAACUUUCCAAAGACUAGUCAACACUCUCGGUACUCCUAAAGAUACACCAGAGCUUCGAGAGAAGCUGCACAAGACAAGGUUACAUAUUGGACAGUUAGUAAAAGAUACAUCAGCUAAACUUAAAGAAGCUAGUGAAACUGAUCAUCAAAGAGGUGUAAAUCCAAAGAAGAAGAUUGUUGAUGCUAAGCUUGCGAAAGACUUUCAAGCUGUAUUGAAAGAGUUUCAAAAGGCGCAGCGUCUCGCUGCCGAAAGAGAAACCGUAUAUGCUCCUCUCGUGCCGAAACCAUCUCUUCCUUAUAACUAUACAGCAAGUGAGGUUGAUGUGAAUGCAGAUAAGCAUCUAGAGCAGCGUGCGGUUCUUGUGGAAUCGAAAAGACAAGAACUUGUACUGUUGGAUAAUGAGAUUGCUUUCAAUGAGGCUAUUAUUGAUGAAAGAGAUCAAGGGAUACAAGAAAUCCAGCAGCAAAUUGGCGAGGUGCACGAAAUCUUUAAAGACUUAGCAGUGUUGGUACAUGAUCAAGGAACCAUGAUUGAUGAUAUUGGUACUCACAUCGAUAACUCCCACGCUGCAACUGCACAAGGAAAAUCUCAUCUCGCAAAAGCCUCAAAGACACAAAAAUCGAAUUCUUCCCUGAUGUGCUUGCUCUUGGUGAUUUUUGGUAUCGUACUCCUGAUCGUUAUUAUAGUGCUCACGGUUUGA